AUGACUUUCCUGCCCGCAAACUCCUCCAACUGCUCCAACUGCACCCACUCCGUGGAGCCCGUGAACAUUUCCAAGGCCAUUCUGCUGGGGGUUAUUCUGGGGGGGCUGAUUGUUUUCGGGGUGUUGGGCAAUAUCCUGGUUAUCCUCUCCGUGGCCUGCCACAGGCACCUCCAGAGCGUCACCCACUACUACAUCAUCAACCUGGCCGUGGCCGACCUCCUCCUGACUUCCACCGUCCUGCCCUUCUCGGCCACCAUGGAGAUUUUGGGCUACUGGGCCUUCGGGAGGAUCUUCUGCAACGUCUGGGCGGCCGUGGACGUGCUGUGCUGCACGGCCUCCAUCAUGAGCCUCUGCAUCAUCUCCAUCGACCGCUACAUCGGGGUCAGCUACCCCCUGAGGUACCCCAGCAUCGUGACGGAGAGGAGGGGCCUGCUGGCCCUGCUCUGUGUCUGGGCUCUGUCCCUGGUCAUCUCCAUCGGGCCCCUCUUCGGCUGGAAGGAGCCGGCCCCCGAGGACGAGACCAUCUGCCAGAUCACCGAGGAGCCCGGCUACGUGCUCUUCUCGGCCCUGGGCUCCUUCUACCUGCCCCUGGCCAUCAUCCUGGUGAUGUACUGCCGGGUCUACGUGGUGGCCAAGAGGGAGAACAAAGGCCUGACCUCGGGGCUGAAGACGGAGAAGUCCCACUCCGAGGAGGUGACCCUGCGCAUCCACCGCAAGAACGCGCCCGGCGCCGGCGGCCCCGCGCCCAACCCCAAGAGCAAACACCACUUCUCCGUCAGGCUCCUCAAGUUCUCCCGGGAGAAGAAGGCUGCCAAGACCCUGGGGAUUGUCGUGGGGUGCUUCGUGCUCUGCUGGCUCCCGUUUUUCGUGGUGAUGCCUCUGGGUUCUUUCUUUCCUGCGAUCAAACCCCCGGACACACUUUUUAAAAUAACAUUUUGGCUUGGAUAUUUAAACAGCUGCAUCAACCCCAUCAUCUAUCCCUGCUCCAGCCAGGAGUUCAAGAAAGCUUUCCAGAACGUGCUGAGGGCUCAGUGCCUCCCCAGGAAGGGAGCAAAGAAGCAAACCCCGAGUUUCAACCUCAACCACCCCGCCAGCCAAGGCGUGGAGAGCAGCAAGGGGGUGGUCAGGAUCCCCGUGGGAUCGGGAGAAACCUUCUACAAGAUCUCCAGGUCGGACGGGGUGUGCGAGUGGAAGAUUUUCUCCGCCGUGCCCAACGUGCCGGCCAAGAGCGCCGUGGCCAAAGACUGCACGGCUGCCAAAGCCAAGAGCAAAGGGUUCCUGCAGGAAUGCUGCUGUGCAGGCACCUCAGGGAACCUGGGCCACGACAGCUGCCAGGUGCCAGCCCUCAAAAUCCACACCCUGUCCCUGGGCGACGGCGGGGAGGACGUUUAA